UGCCCUCGGGAACCCAGGGCUGGUUUCGGCUGGACCCGAAGAGGACAGGGGGAGAAGGGCUGCCUCCGAAGGGUCCCCACGGGUCCCCAGGUAGGGCCCAGAGAAGGCCCCCUCCCCCCGCAGGAGGGCAGACAGCCCACGCCCCUGGCCACUGUGAAGACACACGUCACAAUGGCUGUUCCAGGCCCUGGAGGAGGCGCCAGGGAGGCGGGCACUCUGGCUGGAGGGCACCCAGGCCUCGCCAUGGGGACUCCAGGCAAGCGCUCUGCGGCUCAGAGCUUGGAACCCGACGCUGCCCGGAUACCGUUGCUGGAACAAAACAUGUCCAGGGCACCAAGAUGGAACCGCCCCCAGGUGUCAAAGGGAAGUCAAGGAAGAAGCCUAAUGACUCCGGGAUCAGAGCCUCCUUUUCCUCCUCCUCCGCCUCCUCCUCCGCCUCCGAGAGCUCCUCCUACAAUAUACAUGCCAGGCCCCCCGGCCAUUCACCCGCCACUGCUCUCCAGAAUGCCCAGAAUGGGCUCUGCCGUCCCCGUACAGACCGUGUGUCCCUACUGCGGAAACCACAUCAUCACGGUGACCACCCCGGUCCCAGGGGUCCUCACCUGGCUGCUGUGCACCGGCCUCUUUAUGUUUGGGCUGCAGGUGCUUCCUGGGCUGCUGCUUCUUCCCCUUCUGCAUGGAGAGCUUGAUGGACGUGAAGCACUCGUGCCCCGUGUGCCGGCAGGAGCUCUUCCGCUACGACCUCCUGUGAACGCCCACCGAAUAAACGUCCACUGCGGGACCCCCGCCUGCCCACGUGUCCUGCCGGGGCACCUCCUGGCACAGCGAGGGGCCGGGUCACCACUCAGCCCUCGGGGGUGGGGGCGGGCGCAGAGCAGGUGCUCCACCGGCACUGGGCAAAUGAAUGAAUCCUGCAGAGUUGGGGGGGGUGGGGGUGAGGGUCCCCCCACCGCCAGCCUCUCAGGCUCCCUGCUGCUCUGACCCCUGCGGGACCCCAGCACAGGACCUCUCCUCUCCUGUCGCCUAGCCCGUUGCCCUCAGCUCAAACUUCAGCAUCUCUAAACCAUCUCUGCACCUCCAGCUGGGGGUGGGCCGGGGGGGGGGGACCCUUACUCCCCAUUAUCUGCAGCCUCACAUACUCACGGGCAUUUGGCAAAUUAAAAGGCCCCAAGCUGGUGAGGAACAGGAUGGCCCCUGGGUUACACGGGGUCUGCUGGAGAGGAAAGGGGGGCGAGGGGGGAUUUUUCAUUUUGCACAACAGGAUGAAUGUUAUUCACCCAUCUUUUCAAUUAAAAUGAAUUUCCUACAAAAGAGGGGAAGAACACAGGACAAUUAUGAAACAGAAGAGAAAGGGAACCGGGCGCCCGGCUGGCCUGGUCAGAAGAGUGCUGAUCUCAGGGCCGUGAGUUCGAGCCCCAUGUUGGGUACAGAGAUUACUUAAGUAAAUACAUAGGCACUAAAUUUGCUGCGAUGCUCACUGUCCCCAGGAGGGCAGUGUGUACCCCCCCCAUCCUAUAGAUGUGGAAGCCCAGGCAGGGGGACCCCUCUGCUCCAGACAGUGGAGGCAGGAGGUGGGAAGGGGUGUGUGUGUAGAGCAGUUUACCAAGCAGUCGUCAGCAGGCAGAGAAGUUCUCGGAAGCCUCACAAGGUCAGGGGACAGUCCCUCUGCACAUGGCCCGCUGGGACAGAUUUCUCUGGACCUGAAGAUGCUGGGGCAGCUGGCCCCCCGCCCGCACCCCAGAGGCCCUGGAGAACUGGGGAAAGCUACAGGGCAGGGGGCCUUCAUUUCAACACCUCAAAGGACCCUCGUGGCAAGUGCGGAGGGUGAAAAGCUGAAGCGUCCGGGCGCCUGGGGACUCAGUCGGUCAGUGUCCAACUCCGGCUCAGGUCAUGAUCUCACA